AGUACGUCCGUAACUGUUUGCGGAAGUAGCAGCUGCGUUGUGCUUGUAGUAGCGGUAAUUCGUUCAUGUUUUGUUUUUAGUCUUGAGCAUGUUGAGAUGACAGGACGAUCAUUUUAUCACACAAUGUUUGAUUGGUUUUGUUAAAUAGCAUACUGGCAGUUCGAGUCUCUGAUAUGAUAGAAAAUGCAACCCAAUUCCACUCCAUCGCCGAAAUGUGAUUUGUUGCGCUCUUGUGGUAAAUACCACGUACUUGUUGGUGUGACGGGUAGUGUGGCAGCGCUGAAAUUGCCUGUCUUGGUCUCCCAACUUUUUGAAAUACCUGAGGUGGAUGUGCGAGUGGUCACUACUGAGCAUGCCCGACACUUCUACAAUCCUGAGGAGGUGGCGGUGACAGUCUAUAGUGACAAGGAUGAGUGGGAGCUGUGGACACAACGCUCAGACCCAGUGUUACACAUUGAGCUGCGUCGUUGGGCAGACCUACUUGUCAUUGCCCCACUUGAUGCCAACACCCUGGGCAAGAUUGCCAGUGGUAUCUGUGACAAUCUCCUGACGUGCGUGGUACGAGCGUGGGAUAUCAGCCGUCCUCUACUCUUCUGUCCUGCCAUGAACACGGCCAUGUGGCAGCACCCUAUCACUGCCAGGCAAGUGGCCAGUCUCAAAGACUUUGGGUAUGUGGAGAUACCCUGCAUCGCCAAAAAGUUGGUCUGUGGAGAUGAAGGUAAAGGAGCAAUGGCAGAGGUGUUGACGAUCGUGGAUGCUGUAAAACAAUACUGUCAGAAAUUUGCAGAGACUCCUUGUGCGCAGCAUUUCUGAAUGUUCCACAGAAUGUACUGGACAAACCAAUCAGUUGCGAGCUGUUAGGUUUUUCGUUGUUUUUGUCCCACUAAUCAUCCAAUGUACUUGAAUGUAUGUUAUUAUGUAAAUUGAAGUAUAAUAAACAUUUAUAUUUA